UUAUUGAAGAAUUUCUCCAUUUGUUUAACCGGUACUCUUCUUUCCCAACAUAUGAUAAGAACAUAAAACUCAAGACACAGAUAAGAGAGAUCUCUAACAAAUGCAUGCAACAGCCAUUGAUGACGCGAAACAAGUACUCGGUGUUAACUCUAAAACAUUUUACCACUGACAAAAGCAGUGGGUAGCUCCGCAAUGCAGAUCAAACCAUGUAUUGAUGACAGGAGUGAACAGUACACAAGAGUCUUGCCCGAUGAAUUCUCUCUUUUAUCUUUUUUUUUUAGCUUUCUUUUUGUCGUUUUUCCUUUUCGUUUCCCUCUUUCCUUCCGUGUCUGGGAGUAUUUGGUCGGCGGGUCCAUUGCGAUUCUAGACUUGCUUUUGCCAUUUUGUAUGUUGUUUUUUUUUUCUCUUUCCGUCAAAGCGUAAUCGUUGCGCUUUAUUUUGAAAAAUCGAUUG